UUUUCUUUCCUAGAAGACUAAUUUUACGGGAAGACUCUUCGCUCUGUUGCAUUGGCCGUCCCUAACCUCAGGACUACUCUGUUCUCGAAACCCUAGAUUCCCCAUUGAGCAGAGAUGCUGCGAGUAGCAGGAAGGAGGCUCUUUUCUCUUUCGCAGAGAUCUUCCACCGUUUCCUCCUUCGCCCUUUCCCGAGACCAUACCCUCUCCGAUGGCGGCGGCUCCUCCUCUUCACCUCCCAGAUCCGUCCCCUCUACCGAUCUCUCACGUUUCGAUUCUUACCACAGGAGUCUCAUAAGAGGUUUUUCUUCUCAAGUCCUUACUCAAGGAAACGAGGUUGGUUUUGGUUCUGAACCUGCCACUGUUGAGGCUGUCAAGACACCUAACUCGAAGAUUGUGUACGAUGACCACAACCAUGAGCGUUACCCACCUGGUGACCCUAGCAAGCGUGCCUUCGCCUAUUUCGUCUUGUCUGGUGGGAGGUUUGUUUACGCCUCUGUUCUCCGCCUUCUUGUCCUGAAGCUCAUUGUCAGCAUGUCCGCGAGUAAAGAUGUCCUUGCACUUGCAUCCCUCGAGGUCGACCUCGGUAGCAUCGAGCCUGGAACUACUGUGACAGUGAAGUGGCGUGGAAAGCCAGUGUUCAUCAGGAGAAGAACAGAGGACGACAUCAAGCUGGCUAACAGCGUGGAUCUUGGAUCUUUGAGGGACCCGCAAGAGGACUCGGUUAGAGUCAAGAAUCCGGAAUGGUUAGUGGUGGUUGGAGUCUGCACUCACUUGGGGUGCAUCCCGUUGCCUAAUGCUGGUGACUACGGUGGUUGGUUUUGCCCGUGUCACGGAUCGCAUUACGAUAUCUCUGGAAGGAUUAGGAAAGGUCCUGCACCGUAUAACCUGGAGGUACCAACCUACAGCUUCCUGGAAGAGAACAAGUUACUCAUUGGUUGAUGAAUAAAAAAAAACCACAACAGUCAGCGAACUUCAUCUUUGUCUUCUUUUUUUUUCUAUGUUCCAGCAAUGUUAGAGCAAGAUUGUCUUGUUUUUUUGCUGAAUAAUCAAACCUUUGCCAUAUUUAUUGAGCGUGUACUCGAGCUUUGUUUUUCGAUAAUGAUGAAAGAGACUGUUCAUAGUCUUGUCUUUAUUGCU